AUGUCAGCGGAGGAAGUUGAAGAAGACUUCAGAACUGGCAAUCUCUCCCUCUACGUAAUCGCACAAUGGGCCAUUCCUCUCCUCAAGCGCAGCGACCAUCCCUCGCCCUCUUUCUUCGUGACCAACAGCCACUUCCCAGAGGACCCAUUGCCAGAAGUUCUCUCUUUGGGGAUGUCGAAAGCAAGUCAGCAGAAUUUGUUCAUAUCGCUGAAUAAGGCUUUCGGGAAGGAGGUGCAUUUCGGGGUCGUCAAGGCUUGUGGGAUUGUGAACCCGACGAAGAAACAUCUCAAUCCGACGAAUAUUGCGGAGAAGGCUGUGCAGCUUUAUGAGCAACGGAAGGGGAAGUGGCAGUUGAUGGUGGAGGUUCGGGAGUAG